CAGAUGAUGUCGUGUGGUUGCUGUCGGUGUCGGUCGGUUUGCUUCCUUACAGGAACUACUGGUAGUGUUUCUUGCACGUUUGCACAUUUGCACACAAACACAGCAGGCAGGCACGAUGGCAAACAAACAAAUAUUCCCACCAACCAACUGACUGCAAGCCACCCAGUGUAGUGUGUGUGUGUGUGUACAUAAUAGAACUGCAUGGCAUAGCAUGACAGACACUCC